AUGCCCGUCGUUGGCGGUCGACGUUACCUCACCUCAACCGCCGUCUUCCUCAAUGAAGUCAUAAAAUUAGCAAUUUGUCUCACCCUUGCGCUCUAUGAAAUGUCCAAAGCUGUGCCUCCUUCCAUGCCCGCAACCUCACUCUUCACCAAUCUCUCCGCUGCGGUUUUCACUGGCGAUAGCUGGAAACUAGUUGUUCCGGCAGGACUGUAUACUUUAUCAAACUCCCUGGUGUAUAUCGGGCUCUCCAACCUCGAAGCCGCCACCUUCCAGGUUACAUACCAAUUGAAAAUAGCCACAGCAGCAGUCUUCGGCGCCAUGUUUCUCAGACGGAGUUUAUCUGUUGGAAAGUGGACGACACUAUUCCUACUGAUCGCAGGCGUAUUUAUCAUCCAGCUACCACACACGGAUCCCAAUGACAUCGACGACCACCGAGCGCACGUGCAUUUCCCACGCUCGCUGGAAGACUGGCAGAAUCUGUGUGCCUCCACUGACCGGAACUUGCGUCAGAACCUUCACAAACGCUCCGCCACCUACGAAGGAAUCGAGGAGGAUCUGAUGCUGGGACAUCCGCGCAUGAAUGGAAACAUCGGGCUGUUCGCUGCCAUUGGCGCUUGCAUCGCGUCUGGUUUAGCAGGAGUAUCCUUCGAAAAAGUACUGAAGGAUAGUGCCACGUCUACCACGUCUGUAUCGAUACGCAACGUCCAACUAGCGGUCUAUUCGAUAUUCCCCUCUUUGUUUAUCGGCGUGGUGUUCCUAGAUGGCGAGAAGGUGGCGCGCGCUGGAUUCUUUGACGGCUACAAUUGGGUUGUGUGGCUCGUUAUUGCACUGCAGGCCGUGGGCGGAAUUGCGACAUCGUAUUGCAUUUCGCGCGGAGAACAUGGCUUGCGGAAUUCGGCGUCAGGGAUUAGUAUUGUGCUCAGUGCUGUCGGGGCGAUAUGGGCUUUUGAUUUUAGGAUGAGCGGGAAUUUCAUCGUCGGCACCAUCCUCGUCCUGGCGGGCACAUAUGUCUACACUCAACUCUCUCAUCCAAAUAUGCAGCACCAAAAACACAGCAACCGGCCCCCACCAAUCCGCAUCAACAACUUUGAAAAGCUCAGCGGCCUAGGCAUGGAAAAUGAUAAUAACAAUAACAUGGCCAGCACCUCAUCAUCAACAGACGUAGAUGACAAGAACCUCUACCAUAACGCCGACAACUCCCACCUCACGCCACACAACGACUUCUCUAUAAAACUGACCACCACGCCAAGUUUAUCUGAGUCAGCAGCGCUAACAACAUCCAGACCUGGCUCGCCGGGCCAGACCAGGUUGAAGGGAUCAUAUUUUGCACAGAGGGGAAGCGGUUGA